AUGUCCGGCCUUUUGGAAGAAGUCUCAACUCCUUGUCCGUCAAGGAUAGGAACCUCGAGAGUCAAUCGAAGCAGCAACGGGAGUGACUCGCUCCGCAGCAUGUGGGAGGAUAGUCUGGAUUCCUUUGGAGAUACCGGGAAUGUCGAGUUCACCACCGAAAUACGAGCACCAGUCCUGACUGGGUCCAAGCCCCGACGACGAACCAAAACAUGUUCAUCUUUUGCAGUUCAUGACGACGAGGAAAGCCACGUGCAAACAGCCAGUAAGCGAAAGAGGGAGAAUGGGCCUGCCGUCGCAGCUUCGAAUCAGAAGACAUCCUUGCUUGCUCAACCGGCUCAGAGGUUCCAACCUAAAGUUAGCUUCGCCUCUAGUUCGCCUGCGAAACCUCCGCGACCGCAUGGAGAGAGUAUCCGAAAAACCCAAACCCGCAAUGUCAAUGUGGAAAGAAACAAGGAGCUAUUGAUGCAAAUUAAUGGGGCCCCAGAAGGGAUGCAAACUGAGGAUUUACUGAAGAAAGAUAUACGUCGAAACACGGUGUAUAUACCCCCCGAUGAAACCACGGUAGCCAGUGUCUUUAUGGGCAUGUUUAGCCCUCUCAAAUCAGAACAUCUUGAACACCAAUCAUCCGAGAAUACAAUCAAUAGUCUCGAAUCACAGAUUGCAAGAAAGCUACAGGCCAAGAAGUCCCUCGUCUCAUCUACACAGAAAGCUCCAUUACGACCCAGUUUGAGAGUGGCCCAAGAAAGUUGUAUUCAUGUGGACGUUGCUGGAAAGAAUGGCGGGAAGGAGAAUAUCCCUCCAGGGACACUUCUUGGUGACGGCAAAGAUAAGAGUUCCCAGCUGACAAUAACUGGCGACAUACAUGACAACAAUGUUAAAACAAAUCAACAGACAGCUUGUCGUGAAACGCGUGUACCUGAGAACCAAGCAGCGAAACCAUUAGUAGCCAAAUCAGCCAAUGGGUCUUUACAGAGAGCGAUUCAGAAUGUCAAAAGGACCUCGGUCAAUGCCAGUUUGAACAAAUACAAUGUGAAACAGAAAAUAAGCACGAGGAAUGGAACACUGUUAGAGCACAAAAGAUCAACUCUGUCCAGCUCUUUAAACCACUAUAGCACUUCCAGGGCAACAGCUCCCCGCCCCAGCACAAGGAGCCUGGAUUAUGAAUACCCCUUGAUCCAAGAAGACAUCAUCAACCCAGCAUUAUACGACGAGAACUGGCUUUCCAACCAAGAGGUGGUGAUAACGCAGUUGGUGAACGAACUUUUUGAUAACGCAGUCAAGGAAUCAGCCUUCAAUAACCCUGAUGCUUUUCGCCAAAGGUUUUUGACACUCUACCAGGACCCUUUAUUCGCUCAUCUCCACAAACGAGUUCAGGCAUCGUUGUCAUACGGCGCUCUGAGCAUUCCAAGAGACCUUCUUGCACAAACUAAUCGCUUUAGACGGGAUGUGGGAAUGAAGAAAAAGUUUUAUGAUUUCUGGGUAGAGACUUAUGAUCUGCGAGUCCUGAGAGCAGCCCUCGAAACCAUUACAGGAAGAAGAAUCCCCAAUCCCAAGCUGGAGAGCUUUUUGGAUACAUUUUUGCUCAAGAAUCAGGACAUGGACCGACGACAUACGCAGGAAUCAGAUGCAGAUAUGGCUGGCAAGGCAUAUCAAAGAACGGUUUUGCGAAGUAUCAUGAUCAUAAUCCUUUUGGAUAGAGCAGCUAUGAGCUCAGGAACGAUGCUUCCUUGUCUCUUUCUUUCUUCCUCGCCUUACAAAUCCUCUAAUGCUGUCCUCCAGGCCCUGGCUCGCUUUUUGCUUCCGUCUUCUGGGGACAUCAUCAAAGCGUUGGGCCACUUCAAUUGCCAAUUAUAUUAUGAACAGCAUCCUCUUCAAGAAUAUAGGUAUCGGGUGAACAAUAUUGCAGUUGAUCUCAGGGAUGGCGUGCGACUGACAAGGAUUGUGGAGUUGCUACUCUUCCCUGCGGAAUCGCGUUUGGAUAAUACCAAUCCUGAUAAACAUCAAUGGCCACUUUCUCAGCACUUGAAAUUCCCUUGCUUGAGCCGCGCAGUGAAGAUGUUCAACGUCCAAAUUGCCUUGGACACUCUGGCCUCUACAAAAAACUCGAUAAGGCUGAUUAGUAAUGUACGGGCAGAUGACAUUGUUAAUGGACACCGCGAGAAGACCAUUGCACUUCUGUGGGAACUGGUUAGCAAACAAGGUCUUGUCGGGCUCAUCAACUGGGACGACCUGAUCAGUGAGAUCGAUAGGCUGAAGCUGAAAGCAAAUCGCCAAUUUGGAUAUGAACAAGUUAAAGAUCAAGAUUGGUUUAAGGGGGUCAAGCUGGAUACAUUGGAGACAAGUGAGCGGCAUGCUCUACUGCUCAAGCAAUGGGCAUCUAUUCUGGCGCAACUAAAGGGUCUACAUUUGGAAAACCUGAGCACAAGUUUUGCGGAUGGCAAGAUUUACCAAAGCAUUGUGGAUGAGUAUGAAGAAAGCAUACUUGCCACGGACCGAGAAACCCCGACAGAUGAAAGAUCAUCGUCAUGCUUGCAGUCCCGUUUUCGAGCAUUGGGAUGCAGUCCCCAGUUUGCGAACCUCCCUUCCUCUGUUCUCGCCUUCUUUCUGCUAGCAGGUGCGCCCGCGCAGCGAAGGUACUACAAAGAGCAUGGCGAAGCAUCCUUACGCGUCGCGAUCUACAACGUCGGAUACCUGCAAGAGAUAUUGCGAGGCAGUGAGCAGUAG